AUGAGUCUUGAACCACCAAUGCUCUCAAACGUGGCCGCAGCCAAUAUAAUGAAUCCCUCAACAUCCUACGGACCCGCAAUGAAAACCGAAAGAAAGUUCUCAUCGGCAGAAGAUGAAAGCUCCAUCCCCGCCACAAUGCGAGCUCUAUACUACUCGCCCGCCGCAGCACUGAACAACAACACCUACCCAACAACCGAUUCUCCAAGAUUUAGAGAAGAUAGCACAGUGAACCCCAGAGCCGCUUCUUUGGCCUUCAAUCCGAGAGCCGAGACUUCGCCAUUCGCGGAUAGCAACAUCUAUCCCAGCCCUGGAAAGGUUCCUGAAGCAAGAGCCGCGUCCAUCGCAAAUCCAAUGGCUAAGGCGAUUCCGCAUCCAAGUACCAAGCCCGGCCCUGCCGGUACUCUUAUCCUCGACAAGUCAUUUCCAACCCCACGGCCGGAAACACACCAGUACCUCCUGAAAGUACAUACCGCGGCCUUCUGUCAGGAUGAAUUACGUCUUGCUGUGACGCUGAAUCCUGUCAAGACGACGCCGCAGAUCCCGCUGCAUAGUGUCUGCGGGAGGGUGCUUACGACUCCGCCGCAGAACCAUGACCGGCCUCUUGGACCAAAGUAUAAGAUUGAUGAUGUCGUGUGGGGACUCCUGAGUUAUACACGGGAUGGAGGUGCUGCGGAUUUUGUCGUCGCUAAUGAGAACGAAUUAGCGCUGAAACCGCCGAAUAUCACGGUGGCUCAGGCUGCAGCGCUCGCAUUACCAGCAUUGACGGCCUGGCAGGCGUUUUUCAGAGUUGCGGGGAUAGAUCCUAACACGCCUGAGGAUGGAAUGGAAUCAAAUGCGAAUAAAAUUGUGAAUAGGAAGAGCAGCGGCACUAGCAGUGGCAAGAGGAGUGGUCAGAACACCGCAGACGGGAGCAGUUGUGCCUCUGAGCAAAGGGAUAUUAUUCCCAGAUUUAGCUUUUCGAAUAAGGGUGGGGAAGGCGGAGGACGGAAAUUCAGCCUUGGAAGCCUCACCGGCGCCAGUGGCAGUGGAGAGGGUGGACGCAAAUUCAGUCUUGCAAGCAUUACUGGAGGCGGCAGUGGCGGCAGCAGUACUGAUGGAGGACGCAAAUUCAGCAUGCCAAGUAUCGGCAGCAUGGCGGCAGCCAGUGGACGCCGAUUAAGCAUGAUCAACACGGGUGGCAGUAGCAGCGGAAUAGGCGAUGGGCUCCGAAAGAAGAAACCACUGCGUAUAGUUGUGACCAACGCCCAAGACAGUGAGGUCGGUCGCGUAGCAGUUCAAUUGCUACGAGCCGACAAACUUUUCCCGCCUAGGGUCCGUCCCUGGAUCUGUGUGACCUGCACUGUGGCGGAACAAACCGUUCUCCGGGUUGACUGGAUGGUCGAUGCGAUUCUUGUGAUCCCACCUCUUCCCACGAAAGAUGAAUGUGAUCUCGGGGCUAUGUUCCGACUUCGCAAGUGGGAUCCUGUCGAUAUUGUACUAGAUUGUAUGGGUGGGGAGGUUUUUCGACAGGCUCAUUCGAAGGAUGUGGUGAGAGAUGGCGGAGUUGUCUUAACGGCUGUGGAUCCUAUGCCUGUGCAAGAUGCGGCGCACGAGCAGGAGAUGCUGAAGCAGCGGAAACGGGGACUUAAGAGUCGGUUUGUUCCUGUGAAUCCUGACGGUGCGGCUCUGAAGCGGAUUGCGGAGUUGGUGGAGGAUCGGGUGCUGAAAGGACGAGAGGAAUUGCAAGUUGAUCUGAGUAGUGCGGCUCGGUUGCUUGAGGGUAAGGCUGCUGGUGCGGCGGGAAGUCGUCGUGGAGAAAUGAUAGUUGUUCGCGUUAAUUCUGUUUGUUAA